AGUGUCAAUUUUUGUAAUGUCAUUUUCGAUUUUUUACCGAUAACGCAAAACAGUGAAAUAAUUUUAUUGGGUAUUAUUGCUUAGUUUAUAUUUGAUUUCGCUUAAACUUGCCUGUCUGUGUAGUGUUAUAUUUGUUAUUACCAUCGCAUCACCAUGGAGGAUGUUUUGGAUGAAGUUGUGUCUUCUGAGGAUUUGCAAAAGUUCGAGAGAGUGUUCCACGAGCAAUUACAUCUAGGAAAAGUCACACAUAAGGCUCAAUUCGAAUAUGCGUGGUGCCUUGUACGGAGUAAAUAUCCCACGGAUAUAAGGAAGGGCAUACUUCUUCUAAAAGAGUUAUUUAACUCACAUCCAGAAGGAAAACGCGACUAUCUUUUCUACCUUGCCAUUGGCAAUGCUAGGAUCAAGGAGUACAACAAGGCACUCCACUAUGUGAAGUCUUUCCUUGAGAUAGAACCUGCUAAUCAACAAGUUCUUGCCUUAGAGCGACAAAUAAACAAGAGGAUGGAAAAAGAGGGACUGAUCGGCAUCGCGAUGGCGGGCACCGCCGUGCUAGCUCUCGGCGGGCUGGUUGGGUUGGGUGUAGCGCUCGCGUCCAAGAAGAAAUAGCAUUGGGCUCUAUUAAUGCACGCUAUAAUUGGCGUACAUUACUUCCUCACAAAGAAGAAUGAGAUAAAAAGGGAUUAAUUAAUAUUAUAUUAAGCGAAUUUACGGCAAAAUUUACCAAUCAAUUAGAUCCGGCUUCGAAAUUAAUUUACACCAUGGUUUUGUAAAAAAAAAAUGGAAUUAAAUGUUGAUCGCCGCAACAAAGUUUAGACACUUGGUUUUCGUUAGACAGAUUUUUUAUUUUAGGCAUUACUACAUUAUCCUACAUAUAUGAUCAUAUCUAGAUAGAUCAAUUUAUUAUGUAAAACACCCUUUCAAUAUCAGUUAACUUUAACAAUAUCUUGUUAACAGCUUAGGGUUAGGAAUGAAUGAGUGAGAAAAAACAUUUAUUGCUUUUAUAUUUGCAUUGUGACUCGUAAGGGGUUAUUAUACUAUCAUAUUUUUCUGUAUUUUUUUUUUUACUAUAGUAAUAUAGUUUGAACAUAUGAUUUAUUUUUAUACUGACUCAUUAUGAAACAAAAUACUCUAGUACUUCCCUGUUAGGCGUCCGAUCUCUCGCAAGUUGAUAUUACGAUCCUAUACAUAUGACAGUGUGAUAGGCCCCUUAUUAAUGUAAGUAGUAGACUUGUGUGUGAUAAAGAUGUACUAUAUUUAUUCCUUAGCUUUAGGUUCAUAUUUAAUUUAAACGUGUAAGAGUUAACUAUAUUUUGCAAUUGUGAUUCCAUAUAAAUAAAUGUUUUUGUUUUGCAUGUA